AUGCUAGUGCAAGCUUAUAACCUAACGGCUCAUGCCUUCCUUCUCUUCCUCUUAUUCUCUUACAUUAUAUCUACAAAUAUUCAUGCCUGCAAACAAACUGAACGCAGCUCCCUCCUGUCCUUUACCUCCACUCUCUCUUCUCCUCCUUUAAAUUGGACAUCCCUUGAUUGCUGUCGUUGGAAGGGCAUCACUUGUAAUCAAGAUGGUUGGGUCACCCGUUUGCUCUUGCCUUCCAAAGGGCUCAAAGGAGGUAUCUCUCCCUCUUCACUUGCAAAUCUCACACAUCUCACCCACUUGAACCUUUCCCACAAUUCACUAUAUGGUUCACUUGAAACUCAGUUCUUCUUUUCUUUGAAUCAACUCGAGAUCCUUGAUUUGAGCUAUAACCGUCUUUUUGGAGAGCUACCACUUUCUCCAUCGUCCAGCAAUCACUUCUUUGGUGCAAUUCCAUCUUCAUUCUUCCAACAAGCAAGCAACUUAACUAGUUUCAAUGUCAGCAACAAUAGCUUCACAGGGUAUGUCUCAUCCUCUAUUUGUCUCCAACAUUCUUCUCCCUUCCUUAGGCUAUUGGAUUUUUCUUCCAAUCAAUUUAAUGGCGACCUUGCUCCUGGGUUAGGGAAGUGUUCUGAACUGCAGGUUUUUCGUGCCAAUCACAAUAACCUCUCAGGAUUACUUCCAGAAGAUAUCUAUAAUGCUACCAAACUGGAAGAAAUUGCAUUACCUCUCAAUUCACUACAUGGAGCCAUUAGUGGUAAAAUUGUCAACCCCACCAACCUUGCCAUCCUUGACCUUUCCUCUAAUCAUUUUGGCGGCAAGCUUCCUCACAAUUUGGGGAAGCUUUCCAGUUGA